AUGGCUUCCUCCGUGACAUUCCCGUUGAAGCUUCUGCUAUGCAUUCGAUUGUUCAUCGUAAUCGUCGCAUUGCCAACCCUGGGUUACGUUGAUCGACAUCGCUUAGAGACCUACGAGGACUUGUCCGAAGAGCCGGGCGACUUGGGUCUUUUUAACAAUCUGACUUUUCGCUUCUCCUGCGAGGAUAAACCAGUUGGCUUGUACGCAGACUUGGAUUACGAUUGUCGAAUUUUUCACGCUUGCGAUGAUUCGGGGAAAGGAUUUCCCGUGAUCUGUCCAAACAAUACGCUCUUUGACCAAAGGGAACGCGUCUGCAGCGACGAAGAGCACAUUGACUGUGAACAAGCAAACGAGUGGUUCUACUUGAACGAGUUACCGUUUUCCAUAGAAACGUCAGAGGAACAUCGCAUCCAGUCAGAGGAGAGAGAAGUGCCUUCGGUGUUACCGCUUCUACUAGCGUGA